GUUAAUUACCCACAACCGCCUGCUUGAGUCAAGAAGUUUCUCGUUUGUUUACGUAGAGUCUUCGGCCUUUAUUUAACUUCGUGUUGUUUAUAUAUAUUUAUUUCCAAGUAUCUGUUUAAAGAGCAGCAAUGGCGCAGUAUAAAGGAGCGGCGAGUGAAGGGGGACGAGCGAUGCAGCUCAUGAAAAAGCGUGAAAGAGAGCGAGAGCAGCUCGUGCAGCUGAAGCAGAAGAUAGCAGAGGACAACAUGGUGAAGUCCAACAUUGAUAAGAAGUUUUCAGCUCACUAUGAUGCUGUGGAGCAAGAGCUCAAGUCCAGCACUGUAGGUUUGGUGACUCUGAAUGACAUGAAAGCUAAGCAGGAAGCUCUAGUCAAAGAGCGCGAGAAGCAGCUGGCCAAGAAAGAGCAGUCAAAAGAGCUCCAGCUGAAACUAGAAAAACAGAAGGAGAAGAAAAGAAAGGAAGAGCAGAAAAGGAAGAUUGCCAGUUUAUCCUUUAAUCCAGAUGAAGGAGAGGAGGAGGAGGAGGAGGAGGAAGAGGAAGAAGAGGAAAUUGAAGAGGAUGCUGAGGAGGAGAUAUGCUUACCUGUAAAGAAGAAAAAACUUGGAAAGAACCCAGAUGUUGAUACCAGUUUCCUGCCAGACAGGGACAGAGAGGAAGAUGAGAAUCGUCUAAGAGAGGAAUUCAGACAAGAAUGGGAGAGAAAACAGGAGAAGAUCAAAAGUGAAGAAAUUGAAAUCACUUUCAGCUACUGGGAUGGUUCAGGUCAUCGAAAAACCGUCAAGAUGAAGAAAGGCAAUACAAUGCAGCAGUUUCUCCAGAGGGCUCUGGAAGUUUUGAGGAAAGACUUCAGUGAGUUGAGAUCGGCAGGAGUGGAACAUUUAAUGUACAUUAAAGAAGAUUUGAUUAUCCCACAUCACCACAGUUUUUAUGACUUCAUCGUGACAAAGGCACGAGGCAAAAGUGGACCACUGUUUAAUUUUGACGUGCAUGAAGAUAUUCGACUGGUGAACGAUGCUACCGUUGAGAAGGACGAGUCUCACGCGGGAAAAGUCGUGCUGAGGAGCUGGUACGAGAAAAACAAACACAUCUUCCCCGCCAGCCGCUGGGAGCCUUAUGACCCUGAGAAGAAAUGGGACAAAUACACGAUUCGAUGAGACUCUACAAGAUGUCUGGAGAAGCACUGUUUGUAUUUUGUUCCUUUUCACAUCAGGCAGCGUGUACCUCGAGGGUCUGUCCUCUUGUGGAUUUUUAUUUUAUACAAGUAUAAAGAUGUUAGAGCCAAUUUCAAGAUUUGUGUUUAUUCUUCAUCAUGAUUUAUAGUCACAUUUAUUGAAAGAAAAAACAACGGUCUUUGUAUUAGCAGCAUGAAAUCUGUAAGAAAUGUUUGAAAGUCAAGUACAACAUUCCUACUAUCACAAUAAAUGUAAUUUCAUUGA